GCAGUGCAUGCUGGUAAAUGUAGUUACCGACAUCGUCAAAAAUGGUGGACCUCCAGCCUCCGCCUUUCAGAACAUUGGACGAUUUUCUUCUGGGUUCGGCCAGAUUCGCCGUGCCUGAUGUUCGCAACUUAGACCGGUGGAAUAACAGAAUAAUAAACAACUUGCUGUAUUACCAGUCAAACUAUUUUGCGUCCGUCGUGGCAUUGCUGCUCAUAGUCGGGUAUUUCCAGCCAUUUCAGCUGAUUCUUGGGUCAGCAGUUGUGGUUCUUCUGUUCCUGGGUUUUGUCUGGGCUGCUGAAAACAAGGCUGCAGUUCGGCGGUUCCGGAGGACUCAUCCAUCCCUCUCUCUGGCUGCAAUCUUGGGCUCCAGUUACCUACUUCUGUCUGUUUUAGGAGAAGUAGCUGUUUUCCUGUUUGGCAUUGCCUUCCCCAUUUUAAUGAUUCUUAUUCAUGCUUCAGUAAGACUCAGAAGCCUUAAGAAUAAACUGGAAAACAAGCUGGAGAGUAUAGGAUUGAAGAGAACACCCAUGGGCCUGCUACUUGAAGCGUUGGGACAGGAACAAGAGGCUGGAUCAUAGUUGGACUAACAACUACUUAGCUUUAUUAACAUCCACUCCUUCUUCCUUAGGCUCUUCUUAUAUAUCUUCAAAAAUAGAUACAGUAUAAAAAAAAGGAUAUUAAUAAAAAAAAAAAAUAUUGGCACUAUUUAUUGGCCAAGUCUCUCAGAUGUGAAAGAAGAAUCCAGUGGACUGGAUUUUAGGUAAUUUGGAAUGCCGUAUAAGCAGGAAAAAGUGAGAUUACAGGAGGACAGUGUUAAUAGUCAAUAAUACUUAUAUGCUGGACUAUGUCCUACAAUAUAUUAGAUGUCCUGAUAAAAAAAAUAGCUAAAUAAUGCCUUGUAAACAUGGUGUGGGAUGGAGUUAAUUAAUUUGUAUUUAUUUUAUGAGUAACAGACCAGUUACUGCUUCAUUCCAUAGAUGUGCCAUUUAAUGAUGUCCUUAUUGACGUUAUUCCGUCCCUGACCGUUUCUACAGUAGUGUGGGGCCACUUGAUUUUGUGAAGAAAAUGUAAAGAGAAGGGCGUAAUAAGUUUAAGAGCAAGAAGAGUAAUUUUUUUUUAUUUUUUUUUAUUUUUUUGCAAGUGAAUUAAAUGACCAAAAUGAAGUAUAUUGUUUUUACAGAUUGUUCUGAGUUUUAUUUCAUUUUCUUUUGUUUUUAAAAAAGUGCCAUGUGUGGCCUGGCAUGCAUUAGUGGUUGCUCUCCUUCAAAAGUGCCGAGAUUAUAGCUGUUAUAGUAACCCAAAUGAAUGAAGACCAAGAAUAUAUAUCCUCACAUUCAUCUUCAUCAAUUGUAUAUGCGCCUAAAAACCGCCAUCAUUAGAGGAUGAUGUCUUACAUAUUAGGGUUAGUAAUAACCAAUAAACAGCUAUGAAUAUUAAUAUAAAUUCAAAUGUAAUGCAUCAGGAAAGUAGUCACAUUUUUUACCAUAGAAACACUAUGGAGGUUUAACUUUUUCUUUUCUUUUUUUCCUUCAGCAUGUUUAAGUUUUGACAGCUUGUGCAUUUAAGGACACUAGAAGUACUUGUAAGUUUGCAUUCCUACCUAACUUUAAAGAGAGUUAGAACACAAAAAUGAAGUAAUUUGUAUUUUCUGCGCCUUAUAUUGUGUAUGAGAAGAAACUUUUGCUUUGAUUUCAUUUAUUAAUGAACUUAUGCAGUUCAUGUUUAAUGUUUACAACAUCAGCUGCCUUGUAUAUGUCAUCCAUAAAUAUACUUUCAUCAUGAUA